CCUCUGUUGCCAGAUAAACUCGGGAGAACCCGGAGAGUCCGUCCCGGGCCGGGGCACCCUCAGACUGCCCGGCUGCCGGAGACUAGCAACGUCUCCGGGCGCCCGCGGCUCAUCUCUUUCCCGCGAGCCGAGGAAAGAUUUCUUCCGUGUAUCUCCCUCCCUCUCGAACCCUGGAGCUCGCUCGCUGCUGCCUCUGGGUCCCGGCGGCCGGGGAGAGCCGGGUCGAGCCUCCGGCUGCAGGGAAGAGGCAACCCCGGGGCGUGCGAGUCCCUCCUGGCCCCGAGCCGGGGAGCGAGGAAGAGGUGGCGCGGAGCCCGCGGGAGGACGCGGAGGCCUCGAGCCCCUUCCUCAUUUCGCCCGCCUUCCGGGGACCGCUCUGACUUUUUGCGUCCCAAGGCACCGCCACCCACCCUCCCCGGCCGGGGCCAAGGGCCGAGGGGCCGACGGCCAGAGGAGCCGGGGACCGCAGCGCCGCGCGGCGGGAUUGGGCAGCGAGCGCAGGCCGGCGAGGCAACCGCUGCUGCCCCUUUGAUGUUUUGGUACGCCUUGCGCAUGCGCCUCACAUUAGAAUUACUGCACUGGGCAGACUAAGUUGGAUCUCCUGUCUCCAGUGAAACCCUCAAUCCCGUCCAAAACUAAAGGGAUGUGGAGAGUCCGGAAAAAGGGCUACUUUGGGAUCUGGCCGUUCCCCUUAAUAAUCGCCGCUGUCUGUGCGCAGAGUGUCAAUGACCCUAGUAAUAUGUCGCUGGUUAAAGAGACGGUGGACAGACUCCUGAAAGGCUAUGAUAUUCGGCUGAGACCAGAUUUUGGAGGUCCCCCUGUGGCUGUGGGAAUGAACAUUGACAUUGCCAGCAUCGAUAUGGUUUCUGAAGUCAAUAUGGAUUAUACCUUGACAAUGUACUUCCAGCAAGCUUGGAGAGAUAAGAGGCUGUCCUAUAAUGUAAUACCUUUAAACUUGACUCUGGACAAUAGAGUGGCAGACCAGCUCUGGGUGCCGGAUACUUACUUCCUGAACGAUAAGAAGUCGUUUGUGCACGGAGUGACUGUCAAGAACCGCAUGAUCCGCCUGCAUCCAGAUGGGACGGUCCUUUACGGCCUCAGAAUCACAACCACAGCUGCCUGCAUGAUGGACCUGAGGCGGUACCCACUGGAUGAACAAAACUGCACCUUGGAAAUUGAAAGCUAUGGAUAUACAACUGAUGACAUUGAGUUUUACUGGCGUGGGGAUGAUAAUGCAGUAACAGGAGUAACCAAGAUUGAACUUCCACAGUUCUCUAUUGUAGAUUAUAAACUUAUCACCAAGAAGGUUGUUUUUUCCACAGGUUCCUAUCCCAGGUUGUCCCUCAGCUUUAAGCUUAAGAGAAACAUUGGUUACUUUAUCCUGCAAACAUACAUGCCAUCUAUCUUGAUCACUAUCCUCUCCUGGGUCUCCUUCUGGAUUAAUUAUGAUGCUUCAGCUGCAAGAGUGGCAUUAGGAAUUACAACUGUGCUAACAAUGACCACUAUCAAUACCCACCUCCGGGAAACUCUCCCUAAAAUCCCUUAUGUGAAGGCCAUUGACAUGUACCUGAUGGGGUGCUUUGUCUUUGUUUUCAUGGCCCUUCUGGAAUAUGCUUUGGUCAACUACAUCUUUUUUGGGAGGGGACCUCAACGCCAAAAGAAAGCAGCUGAAAAGGCUGCCAGUGCCAACAAUGAGAAGAUGCGUCUGGAUGUCAACAAGAUUUUUUAUAAAGAUAUUAAACAAAAUGGGACCCAAUAUCGAUCCUUGUGGGACCCAACUGGAAACCUCUCCCCAACUAGACGGACUACCAAUUACGAUUUCUCUCUGUAUACGAUGGACCCCCAUGAGAACAUAUUACUGAGCACUCUUGAGAUAAAAAAUGAAAUGGCCACUUCCGAGGCUGUGCUGGGACUUGGAGACCCCAGGAGCACAAUGCUGGCCUGCGAUGCCUCCAGCAUCCAGUAUCGGAAAGCCGGGUUACCCAGGCAUAGUUUUGGCCGAAAUGCCCUGGAACGGCACGUGGCACAGAAGAAAAGCCGCCUGCGGAGACGCGCCUCCCAACUGAAAAUCACCAUCCCCGACUUGACUGAUGUGAAUGCCAUAGAUCGGUGGUCCCGCAUAUUCUUCCCCGUGGUUUUUUCCUUCUUCAACAUCGUCUAUUGGCUUUACUAUGUGAACUAAAACAUAGCCUCCCAUGGGAAGCAAGGACUAGAUCCCUCCUCAAACCAGUUGUACAGCCUGACGUAGAACUUGGAAAACACAUCACUCCAGGACAAAAGUGAUGCUAAAAUACCUUAGUUGCUGGCCUAUCCUGUGGUCCAUUUCAUACCAUUUGGGUUGCUUCUGCUAAGUCAUGAAUACACUAAGGUCCCUGUGGUUUUCCAGUUAAAAUGCAAGUGAUUUGUACACAUGCUGGCAAGACUGAAUCUGAGUGUCCCACUUUAUCUGCUUAGCGCACAGCCUAUACGGAGGGCAGUAAUUUAGAAGAUAUUCUGGAAGGGUCAAUAGCGUCAUCAGUCAUUUCGCAGAGAAGCGGUCGUACCCAGAUACUCCCCGUCUUCCUUCCUAAGGUUGGCAUGCGGUCUGCCGUGCCACGCAAACAUGCUAACUGAAGAUGGUCUAUUCCUGUCUUAUUACGGUGAUAAUGGUGCCAUGGGAAGUUAAUUCCCACUGGAUUGUAGAAGGUUCUCAUGUAGUUCAAACAGGAUAGGGAGAGUCAAGACACAGACUCAGGAAACCAGUUUGGCCAGGCUCUGUUUGCUUGAGCAUAAGAAUCAACUCCAACAUCUUCUACUUUGACAUUUAGAGAAGAGGAGACUUCUGAAUGUUUUCAUGCAUGGGGCCCAAAGAAAUUUUUCUAAGAGGCUAUUUCCGAGGUUGUUAAACUAAGAGUUAAUAACCCAGAGCAGAGUGGAAAAUCCAGAAACAGCUGUUGUAACAAAAUUAAAGCAAGUGAGCAGCAUGACCCUUAUCAGCCCCUUGUAGCAUCUGGUCCACACAUACUGUGUUCAGUGGCGAAAGGUAGAGUGAGAGAGAUUUUUUUCCUCCAACCUCACAAGCUUUUGACAGCAUACCUAGAGAGGUUUUUAUAGUUUAUCUAAUAAAAAGACAACCCCCAAAUAGAAAAGAUAGUGGAAUUAGAAUCAUCUUAGGUUACGCUGGGAGUCAUUCCAAUAUAUGAAUAUAAAGCACAGACAGAGCUAGCAAACAGGAUGCUUUUCUCAGACAGUGUCAGCUGUCUCUACAACAUUUUCCUACAGUUUAUUUCUGAAUUUAAUAGGUUAUUUCAAAGGAAGGAUUUGUUCAUUUCUUUAGAGGAUUAAUGGUCUUUUCUAACUUUUCUUGCUUCUGAAAUUCUGAUUAUAUUCUUAAGAGACAGACGAAGUAAGGCUUUGGAGAGAUUUUGAGAGAACUAUGUUUCCUUAUGGGCAGUGAAGUUCACCUUUGUAUCUUUCAUAGCAAAUAGUACUUCAAAGAUUAUGUGCACAAGUAGGGUUACUUUGUAGUUUUGCUGGGUUUGAUAUUUUUAAGGGCGAUUUCAUUGUGUAUGUUGCAAUCUGCCUAAUCAAAGAAAAUAGGAAAAGUCAUGGAAAACAGAAUAACAUUAACAUGGUGAAUGUUAUGAGCCUCAGUUGAUACUGCAGAAAAAUAUAUAACAUAAUCAGGCAGGCACGAUGUACUGUUUUUAUUCAAUUUUUAAAUUAUGUGAUUGUGCUUCUUUCUAUACUAAUUGGAUAUAUGCAUUCAUAUGUUGGACAGGCAAGAGAAUAAGCUAAUAUAUUUUAUUCUGUCAAUGUGCGGUUCAUAUUUUGCCUUUCUCGGAGAAAAUAGUGAAUUGCUCAUUUUUCCUUAGAGUUUGAUUUGACUGAACUUUUUCUUGGAGGAUGACUUUGCUACUUCUAUUUAAAAAAUAAACACUUCUUUUCAGAGUAACAUCCCUAAUUGUGCAUAGUAGCCAAGGCCAGUAUCUGCCUGUGGAUAAAAUGUAUGUUUUCUUUCCCUGAUGAUUCAGCAGCUUCAAAUAUGAUGGAGUCUUGCUGCCCUUCUAUUCCCACUAUUAGAGAAAAAAAAGGUUUAGCAUCCAGCUUUCUGAAUUUGCCCUCCCAAAUGGGAUGAUAUUUUUUUUCACCAGCAUAGGGAACUCUGGCCCUUAUUUUUUUGAUUAUACACUUGAACACCUCUGAGUAUGAUCUUUGGGCAGAAUCCAACCUACAUGCUGCCCCUGGGCUCAGAGCAGAGAUUCCUCAAGUUUCUCCGGGGACACACUUUCCCCUGGGCAAUCAUUUUGGGACAUCACGCUAAUAAAAGUGCCUGCCCCUUGUCACUAGGGCUUAAAGUUUGAGUAGCAUAUAUCAGGAAGAAGCAUAUUGAUAACUCAGGUGUACAACUCCAAAAUGCCAUUCUGGAAAGGUUUUUCUAGAGACAACUCAGAGCUCCAACCUAAAAGUGGGCUCUUAAUUGCAAUUAUCAUAAAAGCCAUAAAAAUCCUUCAUAUUGCCAUUUAUGGUUACAACAAAAUUUUGAUGUCCAGGGAAGUCAACAGAGAAAUCUAGAUCAAAGUGGACAGAAGCAGCUUUGCAACAUGAGCCUCAAAAGCAUAUGACCAGGGAUUCAUUUCCGCCUGCAGAGAUAAGAAAAAUCUAGGGAAAAGGAGAAGAUGGGACCUUGAAACAGAAGCCCUAGAGCGAAAUCCAUAUAUUGGCAUUCAGUAACCAUGUAGGUAGAAAAAACUGCCUCAUCCUGCCCAGAGAUAACAGUAGAUAUAGAAUUUAUUCUUAAAGUGUAUAUUUAUUGUGUUUGAAUUGGAUUUUAGUCACCAAAUUGGGGGAGGGCCAGGGAGGGGUGCUAGAUCUUUAAGUCUUCAAAAAGACCAGUCAGCUUGAUAUCCAGUGUUUAAAUUUAAGGACCACAAAAGUAUGUUUUGGCAAUUCUGAUAUGGUAUUACUAUCAGUUUAUAUAUAUAUGUAUAGUUUUUCUUUUGGUAAUAAAAUAGCCAGAUAGCCAGCAAUUAAGGUGUUUUUCAUCUUUGUGAAAUUCAUAGGCAAAUUCUGACUCUAAAAUGCACAGUCUAAAUGCAAUCUUUGAUCUCAAUCUGUAUAUAUAUUGUACAUGACUGCUAGUAGGUAUGAAAUGCAUUUUCAGAACUGAAAACUCAUGCAACAUAAUCAUGUGUUUGCAUAAGGAAUGUUACAAUUCUUUCUACUGCAAUUCAAUAAUGGGAAAAGACUUAAGCAGUGCCAUCUAGACCUUUUCUCAUUUCUUCAAAAGCAGUGCUAAGUGAAAUAAUAAUAAAAAUGGUUUAGGAACCAAAAGACUUUACAUUCUAGCAUUAGGAACACAAAAAAUCUGUCAGCUUACAAAAGCACAAUGCAUAGAGAAAGUUCAGUGGAAUGCAUAAUGGGGAAAUGAGUCACGUUUAUUUUAAGCAAGACCCACAUUAAAUUGGCAACUAAGACAUUUCCAUUUUCUAUAGGUAACUGUUGUCCAAUUUGAUGAGUAAAGUCAUACUCAAUAACAAAAACAGCCAACAAGCAGGUCUACAACAUAUCUACAUGUAUAUAUGUGUAUAUAUAGAUCCAUGUAAACAUACAUACAUAUAUAUGCAUUCAUACGUUGAAAAACAAAAGGAAUAAGCUAAUAUGUUUAUUUCCUUCAUUAAAUCAGUGUAUGAAUAUUUUUCAUUUGGCAACUGACAAAUCAACAUAUUGAAACAAGUAAUACAGGGUACUGAGCAUUUCUCUUUCAGCAAAUCAAUGCCUACAGUUCUUAUGAACCACUGCACAGUUUGACACUACAAUAGUACUGUACCUCAGAACAUAGAAAUUAACUAGUUUUCACAUUGCUUGUCUAUUCUCUUUUUCAAGGAAACAAAUAACAUUGUCCAUUGGUGAUUUAAAAAGAAAAAUGUCUUAAGAAAACACAAAAUGAUAAAAAAAAAAAAAUUCCUCCUAGGAGGAGGAAAAAAAAUAACUAAACCCCACCAUGUUGGUUAGGGCAGAUAUUCUCAACUGUAGCAAUCAUGCCAUUUUGCUGAGUAUACAGAGUCCAUGUAAUGUGAGCAACCAUAACUUUCACUGAACGUGUGUAAAUAUUAAAACAGAUUUCUUAAAUAUUUUUAACUUCUAAUUUGUAUUUUAUGGUAAGGCAACAUGCUAAUUCUGUUUAUGGCUUAAGUUGAUGUGUUAUUAUGUAAAUAAUUAAACAUGCUGUAAAUGAAUAGUCGAUAGAUACAAAUAAUUGUUUAGGUUUUUUUCCCUUAAUUUUUAUUUAUUUUUUUACUAAGUACAGUUGCUGCAGCCCCAGCAGAGAAAUUUAAAUACCCUUUUGCAUAAAUGGUUUGGGAUCCCAGACAGAAGGGUUUCAAUUUGCUAUCACACAGACACACACACACACACACACAUUCAAACACACGUACUCUUUUACUUGCCCGCUCAGUCAUUCCCACUCCUGCCCCCUCUAUGGGAAAUGCUAUAGUGUUUAUGUAGUCGAUGAAACAACCAAGAGAUAGCCUUAGAAAUGUCAAAUGGGAAAAGCAGAAAUGAUCAUUGAUUACUUGAUAGAAUUUUUUAUAUGUAAGAGUUUAAGAAAUCAAAGAUCAUAACUUAAAUCUCAAUUUUCAAAGAGUAAAAGUUUAUAUUGAUGGCACUUCAGGAAAUAAAAAUGCUUUUUAUUCAUACCUGCUCCAGAAAAUGUGUUACACAUAAUACAUAGAGAAGACCUUUUUUUUAAUAAUAGCAUUUUGUCCUUAGGUGGUAUUGUUCCUUUUAACCAAAGACUCCAGAAUUAUUAAAAAAAAAAAGAAAAGGAAAAAGAAAAAAUGAGGGAAAAUGGGAAAAAAAGACACUGCUUCACACCAAAGGUUUAAAAAAUAUUUUCCAAAUACACUAGGAACAUUGUAAAAAGUAGUAAGGAGCCAACAGAAUGCUAAUUAAGACACCACACUAAAGAAGUCAUUUAAGAAAAAAAAACACUUAAAUAUCUAUUAGUUAUUUGCAAAUUGAAGUAAAACAUUUCUGUAAAUCCAUAGAUGAAUGCAAAACACUGACAUCGGGUUUUAAUUUGCUUCGAGAAUUUGUUUUGUGAAAAAGGUAAAUGCGAUCCAAACUGAAGAACAAAUCUUUGUGUUUUUUUAACUUUAAAACCAAAUGUCUCUUUCCUGUCACACGUCAUUAUUCUGAUGCCCAUAUGUGUGUCCUGGCACCAUCUGAAGCAAGUUGACAGUUUCAUCAGCUUGUAUCUUUCUCUUUUUAGUUCAAUAAUUUGAGUUCAGUGUUCAUUUUAAACAUAUUAAUUCAAAGUUGAAAAUAAUUUAAAUUCCAUAACAUUUUAAAGUUUUUAUUUGCAUGGGUGUUCAAAUAGUUCUGUUAUGAAUAUUGUCCCUGCACAGUUCUGAAUUGUCCUUUUAUAAAAAGUGAUAUUCUAGUUUCUUCACAAUGUAGUGAUUAUCAGCCUUACUAAUUACCUUGUAGCCUUUCUUAAUAUGCACAUAAUGCACAUUUUCCAAUGGCUAGAAAAUGCAAAACACAAGUGGAUAUCAUUGCAUUUAUUUUCAUGUCUUUCUAAAAAACAGGAUUACUACAAUCUCUGGGAUACAUGAGAUAGUAACAAAUGAGGAUUAUAAAUGAGUAGCACAUAAGAAUUAUUUUCUUGGAUUUAAACAUUACAGCCACUUUCAGCAUGUAAAUAUAUAAUAAUGUUGGCUAGUGUGUAAUUCUUGAACUAAGAAGUAUAAAUAAAACUUAAAACGAUGUGUGUA